AGCCGCCUUCUCGCUCCGCUCCGCUCCGCGGCUGCCCCGGGAGCAAAUGGAUAAGGCGGCGCAGACGAGGGCGUCCGAUCCACUCGCGCUCCGCACCAGGGCCCUCUCCAAGUUGGAAAGGACAAAAAGAAGGCAAUAAAUGCUAACAAGGGAGAGAGAGGGAGCCGGAUCGAGCGGCAACUCCCAGCCUCCGUUGGAGGAGAGAGGGAGGGAGGGAGCCGGAGAGAGCGAGCGCGCGCGAGGGCGAGCCAUGCACGUAAAGAAACUGACACCCGGACCCCCCACUUCUCCUGCACGUUGCUGGCAAUCAGAUCGCGUUUAAGCAAUUUCCUGAGCCCAAGAAUAGCAAUGAGUCGGGAGACUUUCGCGGGCUGAAAUUGGGAGCUCCAAGCACUCCUCCCCCCACUUUUUUUUUUUCCGGAGAAGGGGUUGGGGGGGGCGCUACAAUUUGGAAACGGCUUUUUUUUUUUAAUCUUGCACUUUGAAACCGCGGGGCUGUAGCAGGGUGCGCGCGUGUGAUGAUCUAUCUGGUGGUGAAAGCAGCCGUCGGACUGGUGCUGCCCGCCAAGCUGCGGGACCUGUCGCGGGAGAACGUCCUCAUCACCGGCGGCGGGAGAGGCAUCGGGCGCCAGCUCGCUCGCGAGUUCGCAGAACGCGGCGCCAGAAAGGUCGUUCUCUGGGGCCGGACUGAGAAGUGCCUGAAGGAGACGACGGAGGAGAUCCGGCAGAUGGGCACCGAGUGCCACUACUUCAUCUGCGACGUGGGCAACCGGGAGGAGGUGUACCAGACGGCCAAAGCUGUCCGGGAGAAGGUGGGUGACAUCACCAUCCUGGUGAACAACGCAGCCGUGGUCCACGGGAAGAGCCUGAUGGACAGUGACGAUGAUGCGCUUCUCAAAUCCCAGCACAUCAACACCCUGGGCCAGUUCUGGACCACCAAGGCCUUCCUGCCGCGGAUGCUGGAGCUGCAGAACGGCCACAUCGUGUGUCUCAACUCCGUGCUGGCGCUGUCUGCCAUUCCCGGCGCCAUCGACUACUGCACGUCCAAGGCCUCGGCCUUCGCCUUCAUGGAGAGCCUGACCCUGGGGCUGCUGGACUGUCCGGGCGUCAGUGCCACCACCGUGCUGCCCUUCCACACCAGCACCGAGAUGUUCCAGGGCAUGAGGGUCAGGUCAGUGGCCUGGGACCCCCUCCCCGAGCCUGGUCCCUCCAGCAGGUGGGGCCAGGGGAAAGGCUCAUUAUACACAGAGAGCGCCAACCCAGGGGCCCUUUAUCUCUGGCUCUGCAGUCUGGUACCUGAUUCUCCAUCUGCAAGGCAGUAGGAUUCUAGAGUGGUUCAGGGCGCUGCUUCUCUGCUCUAGGGGCUUUAUCAAAGUCCCCGCAGCAGUGGCAUCCUAUUAGCCCAGCUAUAAAAAGAGAACAGAGUAUUGAGACAUGAAUGAGAUGAAUGAUCUCAAAAGCGUGACGUUGGCUGGAAGAAGCCAGAGGCACAAGUGUGCCUUCUGCGUGAUUCCGUCUGUCUGAAGUUCUGGGACAAGCAACACUGGGCCAGGGUGGAAGACUCAGAACUGGGGCCACCCCUAGAGCGGUAGGGGUGUAGCCUGGCAGGGAGCACCAGGGAAACGUCUAGGCGUUUAGAAAUGUUCUCACUUCCUAAUUUGGGUGAGGGUUACAUAGGUAAAAAUUAAUCAUGCUGUACAUUUAAGAUUUAUGCCUUUUGUCGUAUGUACAUGCUAGCUCAGUUUAAAGAAACACUGAAGCCUAACCACCCCUCCUUCAGGCCAGUUCAAGGUUACAGAUAAACGAAAAUGGGGAACCAUCCCAAAACAAUUUUCCUUGGCUUUUUUUUUUGGCAAUGCAACGAAAAACAGUAAUUCUGAGUUCUAAAUGAUAUGCAUCAGCUUCUUCCAAAAGUGAGGAUGGCACAGAAGGGUCACUGCGGGACUUUGAUGAGACAGCUGAUGGAAGGGACGUAGCGCGGUGCGUGCCGGGUGGGGUCACUCAGUACACCUUAGUUAUUAUCACCGCGUGUGGUUUUGCCGAUCAAGAAUCAAAACAGCUGGUUUUGAAUCACACCUCAGCUACUGCAGGGUUAUGAAAUCUUGAACCAGUUUUGUUACCUCUUUGAAUCUUACUUCGCUCAUCUGUAAAACACUGCAAAUAAUAUUUACCUCGUAGGAUUAUUGGGAGAAUUAAAAAUAACAUAUGUAACAUAUCUAGUGCAAAGCCCCGGGCGAACGAGAUGCUCAGUAACGAACUGUUACUCUUUCUUUUUUACUAACAAUAAACAUCUUCAUAAGCACA